CUUAUCCAUUCAUUUCUCUCUUUAGGCUUUUCGUUCCCAGGAGCUAGGGCUACUCACUUCUGCAAAAAGGGGCAAAACCAGAAAAAAGAAGAAGAUAAACCUGCCGACUGUUUGAGGAAAUGUUCAGAAGAAACAACAAAGGCCAACAUUGGUUCCAUCACUAGAUCAUACUAUUGCCAAAAAAAAUCUUUUGAAUCAGAGCUGAUUAUAUAAGGAUAGAUAUUGGUGUGAUCCAAAUUAUAGCAGUUGAGAUUGGGAAUAUAGGGGAAGAGUAAAUUGUUUGGGAAGGAUGCGAGGAAGAUGUGGAAGGAGAUUGCAGACCGAGAAUUUGGGAAGCUUCGCCCUAAUUUAUUCAGCAAUUGUAUUAAGUCGUCUCGAGUCUCUUCUCUUCAACUCUCCAACUACAAAGAUAUCAUUUCUCCUCACCGUGGCUCCGUCAACUCCCUACAGGUCACUUUCCCCAUUUCUCGAUCUACGAUUUGAAGCUGAGGGGCGAUAUCUGUUAUCCUCUGCUUCGGAUGCAUCAGUUGCUGUUUAUGAUGUCCAACGUGCAACUGAUUAUGACGGAAGUGGUCUGAUUGCAAAGCAUAAGCCCAUAGUUGUGGUUGACAAGCAACACGAACAGGGGCACAAGUAUGCCAUUUCCACAGCCAUCUGGUAUCCAAUUGACACUGGGCUUUUCAUCACGGGCUCAUAUGAUCAUUACAUUAAUGUUUGGGAUACUAACACUACUCAGGUGGCAGUUAAUUUCAAAAUGCCUGGAAAAGUGCACAAGACUGCCAUGUCUCCCGUGGCAACAUCACACAUGUUGAUUGCUGCUGGAACUGAAGAUGUUCAAGUUCGUCUUUGUGAUAUUUCUUCGGGUGCAUUUGCUCACACUUUAUCUGGCCAUCGUGAUGGAGUAAUGUCAGUCGAAUGGUCUGCUUCUAGUGAGUGGGUUUUGGUAACAGGGGGAUGCGAUGGUGCCAUUCGCUUUUGGGACAUCAGGCGUGCAGGAUGCUUUCGUGUUUUAGAUCAGUCCCAUUCUCAGCUUGGAAGACGCCCAACUCUACUUGCACGUUCUGUUACAAACAAGAGUUCCGCGGUAAAAUCAUCUUCAGUAGGCCCAAGUUCAUCUGCAAAAGGCCGGCCAUCUCAUAAGAAAAUGGGGAAUGGUAUGAGUAUCAAACAGUCUGCAAUAGCUAGACAAGUGAGGGGAGCUGGAAAACAGAGACUACAUCCAGGGAUGCUGUCUAGUCAGGAUAGAGCCACUGCUCAUUAUGGUGCUGUCAACGGACUAAAAGUUACCAAUGAUGGAAUGUAUCUUCUUAGUGCAGGUUCUGAUUCUAGGUUAAGGUUAUGGGAUAUCGAAUCUGGUUGCAAUACACUUGUAAACUUUGAAACAUCACGACUACAGGCCACCAAAGCUAUACAAUUAGCCACCUCUCAUGAUUCAAAACUUGUAUUUGCGCCAUGUAUGUCAACAACUAAGGCAUUUGAUUUGUGGUCGGGCAAGACGAUUAUGGAUUUACGUGGACACUAUGAAAAUGUGAACUGUUGUCUGUACAGUGCACUGGACCAGGAACUAUACACGGCUGGAAAUGAUCGGAAAAUUCUCGUGUGGUCUUCAAGCAAAGUCGCUACUGAAGAAUUGGAGGGCAGGGACGGGCAACCUUUUGCGAUCGAUCAAGAUAAUUGGAGUGACUGAAUACCUCACAAAAGCUUGGAGGUUCCAUGUCAAGUUUAUAGUUUUAGUUUUCUUCCUUCUUUUAGAACAUUCUGUAUUAACAUCUUCCCGCUGUACCUUUGCUUGAAGAAAGAUGUAAUAAGUCAGAACAUGAUGAUGCGCUACAACAUUUCCGUGUGUUUCUAGUUCAAUGUAUUAAUCCAAACCAGAAAAAACGCUCUGUUUGUCGGAUCAUGGGGAAUGGUUCUCCUAAAAGAUACGUUUUGCUGUUAUUCAGAAAUUUCGAGAUAUUC